GAAUAAGGCCCCAGUUCUUAGUUUAUUCGACCAUCCAUAAACACAUACGUGAAAACUCUUGCUCCCGAUAAUAACCGACAUUAGUAAUAAACUAUUGCAACGUUUUGGAAAUAAUUAGUGGUGAUUAGGAGAUUUGGAUCCAGUUGUAGUUCAAUACACCUGAUACGCGAUUAACAACAUGAUGCUUCUACAAGCUAAGGAAGCAUUGCUGAGCAUAGUGCUGCUACUUCUAACAAGCACAUCAUUCACCUCUGCCUACUACGAUCCAGAGUACGAAUACCACCUGAAAUGCGCCAACCCAGAAUACCACAAGGGCUCCGGUGCGGGAGUCUACGCACAAGCCUACUCAGCCCCUGCUCCCAAGUAUGGAGCACCCAAAUACUCAGCACCUGCACCCAGUUACAGUGCACCCAGUUACAGUGCACCCAGCUACAGUGCACCCAGCUACAGUGCACCUAGUUACAGUGCACCUUCUCACAGUUAUGAGGCCAACAGCUAUGCUGCACCUCCUCCCAGCUACAAGUCACUGACCUCCACCUAUGGAGUUCCCGCUGCACCAAGCUACAGUGCACCAGCUGCACCAAGCUACAGUGCACCAGCUGCAGCAAGCUACAGUGCACCAGCUGCACCAAGCUACAGUGCCCCUUCAUACUCCUCAAGCUCAUCCUCAGGAUCCUCUUACUCAUCCGGAUCGUCUUACUCUUCAGGGUCUGCCUACUCUUCAGGUUCAGCGUACUCUUCAGGCUACGCCGCAUCUGCCUUGAAAGGAGGUUACUCGUCUGGUGAAGGCGCUCAUCUGAAGGCCUACUACAAGCCCACCCCACCUGAACUGAAGGGCUACUCAGCUGCUGCUGCCGUCCCAACUAUUAAAUAUGGCGCCCCUGCAGCUGCUGCUGUCCCAGUCAUCAAGUUCUCUGCCCCCACACCUGCCCCACUCUACACUCCCGCCCCUGCCCCACUUUACACUCCUGCCCCAACCUAUGGUGCCCCCACAUCCGCCCCUGCACUCUACACCCCUGCCCCAACCUACGGAGCACCCUCAGGCUACAAAUAUGAAGCUCCUGCUGUCAAGUUCUCCCUGCCUGAGUCCAAACCAUCCUACGCCAGCUCAUCAUCCUACAAAUACUCUGCUCCAGCCUACGCCACUGGAGAAAGUCUCUCCUCAUACAGUUCAUCUGGAUCUUCAGGAUACAAGAGCUCAUCAAGCUACUCAUCAUCUGGAUCCUCAGGAUACAAGAGCUCAUCCGCCUACUCCUCAUCUGCCCCAGCUUCCUCUUACAAGGAAUCCGGAUCCUACUCAUACUCUGCACCUGCCAAGGUCUUCUACACAGCUUCCGCAGCUCCAGCACCCUACUCUUCAUCCAUCACCUCCUCCUACAAGUCCUACUCAGCUCCCUCUUACUCAUCCUCCUCAUCAUCCGGCUACUCAGCUAGCUCAUCAGCCAGCCAAGGAGCUAGCUCUUCUGGAUACUACUCAUCGAAGCCCAUUGUUGUGAAGCCUGCUUAUGCUUAUGAAUCAUCAGGAUCCUCAGGUUAUGCUUCAGGAGCUUCAAGUGGUUACGCAUCAGGUGCAUCUUCAGGAUACUCUGGACAUUCUUCAAGCUCAUACGGUGGACACUCUGCUGCCGGACAGUCAAGCAGCUCGACCUACUACGGAGGAGCUUCAACUGGAUCCUCAUACUCUUCAUCAUCCUCAGCCGCUGCUCCAUCUGUUUCCUACUCUGGAUCUGCUUCCUCCCAGUACCAUGGAGCCAACCAGGCUGCCAACCAAGUCUCGUCAUCUCAGUACGCUUCAUCACACUACUCGGCUCCAAGCACCUACAAAAGCAGCUCCCACAGCUACUCUGGACCUUCCUCUCAGGGAAGUCCCGCUUAUGCUGUAUCAGCUGGUCAUUCCUCAGGAGAGGGGUCAUCUGGAUACAAGUCCGUCCAUGACAAGCACCUCGAAUACUACAACGACAACCCAAGGUACGCUUUCGAGUACUCAGUGAACGAUCCCCACACCGGAGACAACAAGCACCAGAAGGAAGAGAGAGAGGGUGAUGUCGUGAAGGGAGUCUACUCCCUGGUAGAGCCCGACGGCAGCACCCGUACCGUCCAAUACACCGCCGACUGGGAGACCGGAUUCCACGCACAAGUCUCCAAUUCCAAGGCUGCAGCCCCAAGUGGCCCCGCCUACAAGGCAUAAGCAAUCUUCAAGUCAGCAUUAAGUGCAUGAGUACCACUCAGGGAUCGGUGCAAGCGCUUGUCCCUGCAUAACACCAAUCAGCUUUUCAACCAAAAUCUAUGGACAUCUCUCUAUUCAGUCUAGGUUUUAAGACAAAUGGUCAAAAAUACUUCAGGUUAUUCAACUCGAUCGAGGGUUGAAUUCAAAAGCGUCACAUAGAAUUCAGAUAGUAAGAAUUAAACCAAGCUCAGUAUCAUAGUUAUGUUUACAAGUUGAAUUACACUUAGUAAUCACCAUAGUUGAAGGGAGAAGAGUUUAAACACGUGUAAAUUUUUCAAACUUAUAAGGUAGCUGAAAACCCAAAUGUGAAAAAUAUUGUUCACUUACUACUUAUAUUGUUCUCUAUACCACUUCAUGGUAACGAGCCAAUGGUGCUUCUUGAUAAUAUUGAGAAUCAGAUAGGUGGAAUCUCACGAGUAUAAUAUUUAGUUUUAUUGAAAAUUCCAUCAAGUUACCACUAAUUCUUAGUUACCAUUUUUCAUCAAUUAUAUGAACAAAACCUUGAAUUAACUAAAAGAAAAAUUGGAAAUUUCGAAGGAUUUGUGCUUGAAAACAUGAGAUAAUUAGCUGUGAUGGGAUAGUGAAGAGAAUAUUACUAAAAGGAUUUUCAAAUUUCUAAUGACACCUCCUAUAACUAUCAACUUGAAACUAUCAUUCCUUACCAUUGUAUCUCUAUUGAAUAUUAAGUGAUGCUCCCAUCAGAAAUGGCAUAGGCUCACUCAAUUUCCUUUUUAGCUUCUUCAACUAUCGAUUCCAUCAUUACCUGGAACGCUAGAAGCCUUUCUUAGCUUUUCAUUCAUUAUUUUAAGCGAGAACUUGUAAGUCUGCAUACAAAGGAAUGAACAGUAGAAAUAUAUGGCAUUAUCUGACCCAAUCUGUGAUUCAAUUUCAGGUCAGUAAGCUGUGGGUGUCUUGAGAGAUAAACUCUCUCCACAUACUUCUAGAACCCAAGGAAUUUCUUUGUCCAAUGGAAGGGGGCAUUACAGUACUAGAAGAUACUAGUAACAAGUAGGAUAAAGACUAAAAGCUUUGACGUUAGGCACUUUAAAAGUGGGAGAAAGAUCAACAGCUUUAGAAAAGAGUAAAAAGCAGAUUGGGAACAAACUAUUUGUAUGGUUUUGUCCUGUUCUGAAUGUAAAGGUGCAAAAAAGACACGCAAGAAUAAAGAGGAGAUAAAGGAAAGUAGUUGUCUGUGGUCUGGUCUGAACAUAGGUUCUUUCGUGUAAGAACCACAAAGACUACUUAUUCAAUUAUGCAGUUUGAACUUCUUGUACUGUUUAUUUGCAAAACAUUCCUAAGAUCAUAGUCAACUCGCCCCGAGGCAAAAACACUCUUACGAAAUUAUUUGCCUCCAGUUAUAGCCUACUUGAAAAUGCGCCAUAACUUCCAGACAGCAUUCUUCGUCCAAAGAAGCUAGAUACAACAAUUUCGUAAUUUAUGUUAUACUUUCUUCAUGUAACAAGUCAUAUGAGCAUACAAGGUCCGGUUAUAAGUAUGAAAAAUUAUCACGCCUCAAAUUCUUUAAACAAGUUUUCAAAAUAGACAUUACUUGAUUGUGAUGAUGGAAUCAUGUACCCUACAUUUCAAAGCAAAUUUCCACCAUAAUGGAAAGAAAAUGAGCUUUUAAUUCUCCUACAUACUCAAGUUCUACUCCAAUUAUGUUACUUAUCUAUUUCCCAUUACUUGUUUUUCCUUAUAUCGUUUAUUUCAUUCGAGUAUUCUACUUGUAUCUGUAGUUUUUAUUCCUUCAAGCAGUAUAUCCUCCGAACUUGCACUCUUUUGAAAUGCGUAACUACAUUCCAAUACUUGUGUUUCAACUUUUCCGAUUAACAUUUUUUCUACAAAAAUACAUUACCGGUAGGCUAGUUUGAAUUUAAAAUGAAUUUUCUCUCUCCUUCUGAAAUAGUAGAUGAUUAGUCAUUCUCCUUCAUUUGUUUCAAGUACCUUUUGAGCAUUCAGAAUUAGGCACUCUAAUUAUUUUUAUCCCAUUCUAAUUAUUCACGGAUCCUUAUCUUUGAGAUCGAUAUCAAUGUUUCAUAUGCAAACGAAACCACUUUUCGUAAUGCAUUGCUCCUCAUAAAAGUCAUUUUCGGUCGAGAACUUUGAAUAAUGGCAAAGCUGACUAAUUGAUAGUUAUGUAAUAGGCCAUGAUCUGAAUAAAUUAUGCUGACCAAAAUGUGUAACACUUGAUGGAAACCCAAUCACAAGAACCAGCCAGUUACUAGCAGCUUGUCGGAACUGUUACAGAAAUGUCACGUGAUAUCAAUGCAUUAUAGACUGUUUCUAAUUAAUAAUACGAACAACUUUUUCAGCUUUUAUUCGAAAGCAACACUAAAUUACGACAUUAACAGGUUGGGUCCGAGUAUUGAUAAUAUGCAAACGAUUUGGCCGCCGGCGGUUUUGGCUCUCAAGUUGUAGGUAUGCCAGACUUGCAACUUUUCCAGGUUAUUGACAUCAACUUUGCUCUCGAUCAUUCAUCGAUCACGUCCAACGAGAUUUCACAAAGUUGUUCUACAAUAUUUUGUUUGCCAAUCGAAUGAAAUUUGUUGAGAAAUUCAGAGCACAUUCAUGUUUUACGCUAUAGAAAUAAUACGCUUAGGAAAUAAUAUUUCCAGAAUAUAUUUCAAGAUUCUUGAUAGCACCUCUUUGGCUUUUAAUAUUCUAAUCUGGCAACUAGAUUAAAAAUACUCUAUUCUAUCCUCACUUAUCCAUUCUAGAGUUCUUCAGCUUUGCUUGUACAGUAUUGCCAGUUCUCUCUUCAUCAGUAUGAUUCUUGUUUAUUAUAUGUAUUUUUUCUAUAUAUCAUCCUAUUUCUUUCUACUGCUGUCAUCCAUAAUUUCUUUCUACACUCAAUGCUCUCUACAAAACAGUUUUGAAACUCUUUAGCCUACGCUGAUGAGUUUUUCUCAACUACUACACUGUAAUUUCUACGCUUAUAUUCUCUUGUAGGUGUAAGUCUUAUUUCUUCUCCCAGCUCAUUUUCAUGAUGUUAUCAAUUCAAUUAUACCCAUCACAGCUAUUAUAGAAUUUUUUUGACUUUUUCGUGAUCAAGUUACGAUUAAGUGAGAUUGUCGGAAUCAUCAAACAACUAGUGCCAUUAUCUUAGUAUUAGCCUACUUCAUUGUGCCAUUUUUAUUCAUUGAAUAUAUUCAUGUAAAACCAAAUCAUAUUUCAUGCACCAAUUAGUUUCUAAAGAAAUACUCUGAAAUUUUCUAGAUUAUAGUUACCAGAGAAACUAGUGAAAUCACCCAAUUCGAAGUUACCUAAAAGUUAAUUCGAACUUCUAAAACGUCUAAUCAAUCAUAAUCAUCUUCAUACCUGAAUCGUGUAAAUUUCAUUGGAAAAAUUCGAGUUUUAAUGAAAAUUAGGUUAACCUUCAUCCAAUAAUAUGUUUAAUUACCCACUAUCAGGAGUGGGUCAUCCAACUUGAAUUAUUAUCGACCAACUUAAUAAUAUUAAGUAUUGUAUAUAGUGAUAUGUGAUAUCAAUUUUUGUAUUGUGAAGGGAGUUUUGUACUUUUAUAUAACAUUUGUAAUAAAAGUUGAAAAAAUAAAAUAAAAAAACAACAUUUUU